AUGGCCUACACCACAGAGGUUUUGACUGAAAGUCAUGUCAAGAGCAGGAGCAGGGGCCAGCGUCUGGCCACGCGUCUCUCCCUCAGGUGCCUGAGCAGGUUCAUGGUGGUGCUGGGGCUCCUCAGCUUCGUCUGUCUCCUGGUGGCCAUCGGCACGGAUUAUUGGUACAUCAUCAACGUCUCCGAGCACAGCCACAACUUUUCAGCGAGCCAGAGCUCACACACCGGACUCUGGAGAGUGUGUCACUAUGAAAGCCAGUGCAGACCUUUGGUGAAUCCCUUUAAAAGUGCUGGAAACCUCACACUUUCCCAGAUGCAUAUCAUCAACCUGCGAGCCGCGUUCCUGCUGCUGCUGCCGCUGAGCGUGAUGAUCAUGGUGGUGAGCAGUGUGCUGGGAGUCAUCGGCCUGCUGGCGCGAGCACAUCGCCUCCUGCUGGUCACUGCCUCCCUGCUCAUGUUUGGUGCCAUGACGACCUUGAGCGGUGUGUGCACGUAUGUGGCCUACUCCACCGCGGGCUACCGGGAGGCUGUACGGCUACUCCUGGCGCAGAGCCAGGGCGGCUCCAAAGCCCUGCUGGAACACGUGGACAUCCGCUUCGGCUGGUCGCUGGCACUGGCCUGCCUGUCCCUGGUCGGAGAGACUCUGACGGGCAUCGCGCUCCUGGCCGCAGCCUGGAGACUGAGCCAUGGGAGGGCAGGACGAGAGGACCAGGGACUCUAA